AUGGCUUUAUUUGAUUUCACUGAGCUCGGUCCAUAUCACCCAUUGAGGAAUCGCAUUCGCACUGUCUCAAUCCUUCUGCGGAGUACUCCGGAGCUGCAUAAACCUGCAUUGUUACCAGUCCUCCGGGCAGGCACUCUGUGCGCCAGUCGCACUGUUUUGGCCCCAACUACUUUAUUGAUUCGCUCUGGGCUUUUUGGCCCCAACACGCUAAGUCUUACCGGUUUGAUUUACCCAGAAAAGCCUAUGAGCUAUGCUCUCUGGAUUGCACCCAGCGCGACGUAUUGCGAGUUUCGUACCUCAUUCAAGGUUCUCGGGACUUGA